AUGUCUAAAGCUUAUGUGUACAACAAAUAUUUGGAAAUUGUAGCUUCACUCGAUAAAACUUCUAUUGGUAUAAGUAGUUGGUACGAUCUCUGGAAAUAUUUUUGUCUAUAUGUCGUUACACAGAAGCAGAAAACAGAUCUUUGCGCAACUUGUCAGAAAAACGUGACAACGUUGGGCCGAAUGGGUGAUUUAAAUGAAAGUGAAAAGUUAAAGCUUGUAGAAAAGUCGAAACAGCACCUCGAUUUAGUACAAAUUGAACGAAAAUAUUAUAACAAUGUAAUCAAAGGUGCAACUGAUUCAUUGACGGAUUCUGCUCUUACACUUGGACCUCAUGAACCAUGUUCUUAUGAUGGCGUCAUGCAUUACUCUUUCGAUUUUGCCCAACGGGUACAUUUACCGCACAACUCCCAACAAAUCGGGCCACUGUAUUUCUUGACAGGAUUUAAAGUCAGUUUAUUUGGUGUUGCUGCAGAGCCAUUGAAAAAGUUCGUUUUGUACGUAAUUCCUGAACCCUGUGCUACUUGGACUCCCUUCCCUAAUAAUAAUAAUUUAUGCUAG